CCGAAGAAAAGGAUUGCGUGGCCAUGGAUGUGUGACCCUGUGGGCAUCGGAGUUGUCAGCUGGAAGUAUGGAACUUAUUGGCGACUGCCAGCAUGAUUGCUCUUGGCCAGUUCCAAACGGGCAUGGAAGCAAGACCUUGCAAGGCAAGCCAAAGGAUCAAAGCACUGAUCUUUAUUGUAACUCCGUUGGGUUCAACCACGAUGAAAAGGAAGAGGUCUCAAAAUCGAAAAAGAAGACCCGUGCCAAUCGGAUUUGGAAUUUUGUUAGCCGUCGGAAAGGGUCGGCCAUGAACUCCAAGAGACCGCAGUCCAUGAUUCUUUUUGGCGAUAAUGUGGACAUCUUGGAGCAAAGUCGUAAGAUGACCUUCAUGGAAAGGGUGAGGUCCUUUAAGAAGCUCAGGUCAUCCGGCACCUCUAAGAAUGCAUCCAAAACCAAAGCUAUCAUUAUUUCUGUGGAAACUCAGGAAGAUCUCGAGCAAAAAGCUCUUCAAAGAGUGAAGAAGCUGAGUGGUGGCCAACGGCCUUACCGUCAUUCAUAUGCCGGUUACAUUGAGGAUCUGGAUACUUCCUUUGAAGAUGUCGAGUUAAAUAGCUGCGUGCUGGACCUUGACUCCAGUGAAAUUAAAUGGCAGAAGAGCCUUGGCAUGGAGCUAAAUAGAGAUGAUACUCUUAACGAUGGUCCCAAAAUGUCAACUCAAAGGGGUGGGGCUCUUGUCUUUGAGACCGCUCUGGAAACGGGAGUGCUACAAGAGGACCAUCAGCAAAGACAUUCUGUCGUUGCCAUCGAGAAUAAAAAAGGACGAAGUUCGGAGGUCUGGAGUUAUCUCAAAGGGAUUUCCCCCAUGAACAAAGACUGUUCAGAACCCCUAAGCCAGAGGGAAGAAUCCGAUUUUCAGGAUUUAGAGCAUGCCAUGGAGAACACUGCUCCCAACUUUGACCUUGAGUUGAAACAUGAGGAAAGGCUUGGCCAACCUAAAAAGACCAGCCAUGCAGCAAAGAGCGGCCACUUUGGCGGGGUUCUUCGGUUCUUCAACAGCGUUGCCGAGGUGGCUAGGAAGUGGCGGGGAUCUUCGAAAACUUUUUCGCAGGAAGAACCGAGAGCCAAUUUCAGGUCCGGGUGCCGAAAGCAAGAGUUUAACGCUCGGCGGCAGCCCCUGAUCAUUGCCAAUGAUAGUGCCAGUGGUUUCUCUUCAACGGGAUUGUCCCCGGAUUCUGGGAUUUGGGAUAACCAAAGCUCUAAAAGCACGGCUAGUAAAGAGCCGCCCCAAGGAAAUACAAAUCCGGAGAUUUCCCACGAGGUUUUCAGCGAAAAGAGCAGCUUUAGUGAAAUAUCUUUCUUACCCCCCAGCGCAGGUUUACCUACUUUCCCCCUCUCAGAAUCUCCGGACGACUGUGUGUUUGUUGGCCGUCUGGCUACGGAACUGCCACCGAUUCAGGACAUACCUCAUAAUAAUAUAGGGGAUCGGGGCGUUGGUACCGUUCCAACCGACGCCUGGACGUUGGGUUCUUGGGCCCAGGGAAAUGCUCACGACUCAGCCGCUGAGACUUUGGACCAUCCCCAGGGCUUGCAUGCUUCUGAUUCAAAGCCUCAAGAGUCCCUGAAGAUCAGAACAGAUGUUGCAGAUGUGAUACACUUUUCUCCUGUGAACUCGGAAGAGUGUCGUUAUAGGGAAUCAGAGAUAUCUAGGACUGACCAGGGUAUGCUGAGCCUAACCGACACUUUGGAGGAUAUUCCCACUUUUUCAAGAACUCUUCUUGAGGACUGCGACCUAGCCAGAAGGCCAGUCGAUGCUAGGACUUCUUCCAGCACUGCUGUAGAUAUGGAGUACCUGGGUGGAAUUUCCCAAGGUACCCUAGACUUAGAAUGGACGCCAGCUGAUAUCCCAGGUGUGGGAACUGUAUUAGCAGAUAUGCAGAUCCCAGAGAGCUUUAUAGGGGAUGCCCAGCAUACGGACAGGGUGCAAGCAGAUAAUGAGGAUUUAGGAAGGCCCCCUCCUGCAGAUCCCCAGGGUUCGGAGAGUUUCCCAGUCAAUACUUUGAAUGUUAGCUCAGGGCUGUCCGAGAGUCAGGGCUUGGCCAGCAUUCUGGAGGACGUUCACAGUACCUGCCCGCCCGAUAUUUUAAGCUGCCCAGAAUGUGACCGAGGAACGCUAGGUCAAGAGUGCUCUUCUGUCGAAGUGGGUGGAAAUGCUGCGCCGUUACAACCCCACCCUGUGAGGCAACCUCGCAAAGUGGAACAUCCCAAAUACAGGGGGGUUGGCCGUCCUGUCCUGUGCACCAUUGUUGCCUUUAAUGAGUUCGACCCUGGAAAGCCACUCUCUCACCCUCUUCACCCGUCACCAGAAUCGCCACCUUUCAAACUCUUCUUGGACCGAUGCCGGUCUUUACCACUUUCCCAAAGCACACCGAUGGGUUUGGAUCAGCUGGGCUGGAAGAGGAAGCUGUUUCUGAGUGCUGGGGCCGAGAGUGACUUGGGUUCAAAAACCCUGGAGAUGAGGAGAGUGGGGAAGAACGGCCGAAGUCGGUGGAAACCUCUCAAACCCGGGGCAGAGCAGCUGCUACUCAAUAAACUGAUCAGUGGCGGUUCUAUUGUCAGCGCUGAGGCAGUAUGGGAUCACGUCACCAUGGCCAACCGGGAGUUGGCAUUUAAAGCCGGGGACGUCAUCAAGGUCCUGGAUGCCUCCAACAAGGACUGGUGGUGGGGACAGAUCGAUGAUGAACAGGGCUGGUUUCCCGCCAGCUUCGUAAGGUUAUGGGUCAACCAAGAAGAUGGCGUUGAAGAAGGGACGAGCGAAGUACAGAAUGGACACUUGGAUUCAAACGCUGCCGACUGCCUCUGUCUUGGCCGGACCCUCCAGAACCGAGACCAGAUGAGAGCCAACGUCAUUAAUGAGAUCAUGAGCACAGAGCGCCACUAUAUCAAACAUCUGAAAGAUAUCUGUGAGGGUUACUUAAAGCAAUGUCGGAAGAGGAGAGACAUGUUCAGCGAUGAGCAGCUGAAGAUCAUCUUUGGCAACAUUGAAGACAUCUACAGGUUUCAGAUGGGCUUCGUGCGGGACUUGGAGAAGCAGUACAACAACGAGGAUCCCCACCUCAGCGAAAUCGGGCCGUGCUUCCUGGAGCAUCAAGAUGGCUUCUGGAUCUAUUCGGAGUACUGUAACAAUCACCUGGAUGCAUGCAUGGAACUCUCCAAGCUCAUGAAAGACGGACGGUACCAACACUUUUUUGAGGCGUGCCGUCUCUUGCAGCAAAUGAUUGACAUUGCCAUUGAUGGGUUCCUAUUGACACCCGUGCAGAAGAUCUGCAAAUACCCCCUGCAGCUGGCUGAACUGCUCAAGUACACUGCCCAAGACCACAGUGAUUACAGGUAUGUGGCUGCAGCCCUUGCCGUCAUGAGGAACGUGACCCAGCAGAUAAACGAGAGGAAAAGGAGACUGGAAAACAUUGACAAGAUUGCUCAGUGGCAGGCGUCCGUUCUGGACUGGGAGGGAGAUGACAUCUUGGACCGUAGCUCUGAGCUGAUCUACACGGGUGAGAUGUCCUGGAUUUACCAGCCUUAUGGACGGAGUCAACAGCGUGUCUUCUUUCUCUUUGACCACCAGAUGGUUCUCUGUAAAAAGGACCUGAUAAGAAGAGACAUCCUGUACUACAAAGGGCGCAUCGACAUGGAUCGGUAUGAAGUGCUGGACAUCGAAGAUGGGCGAGAUGAUGACUUCAACGUGAGCAUGAAGAACGCCUUCAAACUUCACAACAAGGAGACGGACGAAAUGCACUUGUUUUUUGCCAAGAAGUUGGAGGAGAAACUGCGGUGGCUGAGAGCUUUCCGGGAGGAGCGGAAGAUGGUACAAGAAGAUGAGAAGAUAGGUUUUGAAAUUUCUGAAAAUCAAAAAAGGCAGGCCGCCAUGACCGUGAGGAAAGUCAGUAAGCAAAAAGGUGUCGGCAACUCUCGAUCCGUUCCUCCAGCGUACCCACCACCCCAGGAUCCGCUAAAUCAGGGACAAUACUUGGUGACCGAUGGCCUAGUCCAAACGCAGGUCUACGAAUUCGCCGAACCCAAACGCAGCCAGUCACCAUUCUGGCAAAACUUCAGCAGAGAGCGAAAAUGAAACGGCCAUUAUUUUUAUGAGAAGAUGCUUCCUAAAUACUCAGCACUAGGACAAAAACAAAAUACAAAAAAAAGACACCGACAGCAUCACGCCAUUUUUAAAUUUUUUUGCAUCGUAAAUCAAGACUGGCUCGGUCUGAUGAGAAUCCUUUGUUGGAUUGGCAGCUUCUCUCUUAAAAUGGAAAGAGACAAAACAGACCCCAAGUGGGGCGCUCAUUUUGCCAGCUGAGUAUAAAUGCAGAGGAUGGGGCAGAACAGCUCUCACCUCGUGGGCCCCCCAAGGCCUCGGCUGACGGGCGUCCGAGGACAUUCCUUUCCAUACGCGGUUGAGGUGCUACCCGGAACGACGUAGUCCUGCGAGGAAGAACCAGCCGUGAGAUCCAGCUCGACGGCCGACCAUGCCAGCGUUCGAUGGGGAGGGCCGGGACGAGGCUGAGCGGUCUCGUGUGUCCUCGGACGCUUUGCUUGCAUCUGAUCAGAUUUGGGGAGGGGGAAUCAGACCUCGAUCGUGGGAAGAAGACUUCUGGGCCAGAGAAAGCUGCUGCUCUCAUCUCGCGUGGUACCACCAGGAUACAACCAGGGAAACUGCAAGACACUUAACAGUACAUGGGAUUUGUCUGGCUAAAAUAUAUACCUAUAUCUAUAGAUAUAUAGAGAGAGUGAUAUAUAUAGUUAUAGAUAUAUGAUAAAUGAGGAAGGGGAGAAUUUGGACCUCCUUUCUUUACACCGAUGGCACGCAUCAACCCCCUUGGCAUUGAGGACACAAAGGAUUUCUCAAGAUUGUUGUCUCCUUAACCGUCUUUAAAUUUUAAGGGGGGGGGAAGAGAGCGGCAAGAAAGCAAGAAACUGACACAGGUGCGUCUGACAGCUGUAAAUAGACAAUAAAUGAAGAAAACAAACCAACAAAUCUCUUUGAAACCAGUUUUCAGUUUGUGGGCGGAGCCUCCCCAUCUCAUUGCAAUGGUUUUGAUCGUACAUUGUGGUGCUCUUGGUUUUUUUUUUCCCCUGGUUUCGUUCUCUCUUUACGCGAAUUCAUCUCUCCCAUUGCAGCUACAUUUCAGGGAACAUGUAUAUUUAGUAGCUAUUGUAAGUCCUGCAUGGCAUCACUAAAGCUUUUUUUUUUUCCUGGCGAAGACACGAAGCGAGCCUGCCGGAGCUGGAACGGAGAGGGACUUGUGCCGGAGAGCCCAAGCAGGAAGGGUGGGAAGGAGGGGGGCAUUUGGGAUUUGGGGGAGGGCAGACCCUGAGAUUUGGGGGUUCUAGGAAGAGACUGACCGACCAACCAAUCCAACAAUUUGGGUUACCCAGCGAAUUCCCACUUGCCGGUUCUUAUUCUUUUGUUUCUAUCAGGUUGUUUGACCCUGCCAAACCAAUGUCAGAGUUGUGUGUAUUAAAAACAAACAGUGUUUUAAAAAAAAGAAAAAGAAAAGUGUUAUAAAGACACUCAGCCUUAUUGAAAAA